AUGUUCACCGUUUACGAUGUGCUCCUCACGAUCUUCAGCCUCGCUAUGCGAAGCUUCUUCCGGGAGGUGAAGACUCGGGGCUCCCACAAGAUCCCAAAGACGGGCCCUGUCAUCUUUUGCGUCGCACCGCACGCAAACCAGUUCGUGGACCCGGUGAUGCUGAUUACAAAGUGCGGGAGGAAGGUCGGGUUCCUGGCCGCGAAGAAAAGCAUGGACAAGCCACAUAUUGGAAUUCCUGCCCGUAUCGUGGGAGCUAUUCCUGUCGUUCGUCCUCAAGAUUUGGCAAAGAAUGGAAAGGGAAAGCUUAUUUUCGACAAGACCAAACCAACCGUGUUUAGGGGAGAAGGAACCGCCUUCACAGAGCAGGUGCAACCCCGUACGAUCAUCAAGGUCGCUGGAGAGAAGGGCGAAUACGAAGUAUCAGAGGUCAUAUCCGAUACCGAGGUCCGUCUAAAGUCGGCAGUCACGAAUGAAGCAUUACUCGCAACCGAAUCCGUUGGGCUAGCAUACAAAGUCAUCCCACACGUUGACCAAAGUGACAUGUUCGACGCUGUAACAGAACGAUUGAUCGCGGGAGGUUGUGUGGGUAUCUUCCCGGAAGGUGGCUCCCACGAUCGCCCAGAGCUGCUACCCCUGAAGGCUGGUGUGGCGAUGAUGGCUCUUGGCACCAUGGCCAAGGACCCGUCGGUCAACGUGAAGAUCAUUCCCGUCGGCUUGAACUACUUCCACGCCGACAAGUUCCGGUCCCGCGCUGUCAUCGAGUUUGGCGAUCCACUUCACAUAUCACCAGACUUGGUGCAAAAGUAUAAGAAUGGAGGCGCAGAUAAGCGUACGGCGAUUGGCACACUUCUCGACACCAUAUUCGGCAGUCUGACCUCCAUCACCACCACCGCACCCGAUUACGAUACCCUCAUGGUGGUGCAAGCUAUGCGCCGUCUUUACAAACCCCAGCACAAGCGUCUGUCCAUUGACGAGAAUCUGCAGCUGUCACGGAAGAUCACGGAAGCGUACUUGAAGUACCGCGACCACCCCGAUAUCAUUGAGCUUACGAAACGAGUGACGCAGUACAACCGCAUGUUGUCAUACUAUGGCAUCCGCGAUCACCAGGUCAAGCGGACGGCCGUCAACCGGGUCUUGGCUAUCACCAGAUUGGUCACCCGCGCCCUCGAAUUGCUCUUUCUGGUUGUUUUGGGAUUGCCUGGGGCCAUUCUGAGCGCCCCGAUUUGGUACACGGCCAGACGGGUUGCCUCUGCUAAGAUGGUUGAAGCAAAAGCGGGCAGUAAUGUUAAAAUUUGGGGAAAAGACGUUGUGGCCACAUGGAAAGUUCUCACAGCGCUCGCAUUAGUACCGAUCAUGCUCACAUUCUACACGGCCUCCACGUACGCCAUCACUCGCCUCGUUCUAUCCCUCCCUCCGAAAGUGUGCCUCAUCUACACCUCCAUCGCCGCCAUCGUCCUCCCCUCCCUGGCCUGGGCGACCAUCCACUGCUAUGAUCACGGCGCCGACAUCGCCAAAUCACUACGCCCACUCUGGAUGGCCGCCAUCGCCGGCUCGCACGCGCAACCCCUUCGCGACCUCCGCCUCGAACUGCAGGAGUUCAUUGCGCGCAUCGUCAGCGAGCUCGGCGCCGAGAUGUUUGGCGUCGGGUUCGAAGACUCGCGGAUCGUCCGCGCUGAAGACGUUGAGUACUCCCUACGCAUGGAACGAUUGAGGCGGCUGAGGACGCUGAGCAAUGAGAGUGGACGGUCCCGAUCGGAUUCUGGGGACGGGGCGGAUUUCCGGUGGGAAGAUGUCGACUCGCCGGAUGACGUGGAUGAUGUGUUUGUCUUCGCGAAGAAUGAAACGCCCGUCGGGAAGACGGACGGUGUACAGCCUACGUUGUCUGGUGAUACCUCCAGAGCCAGACCGGCGAAGAGCAGCUCAUAG